AAUUAACUUGCUAGAUUACACAGAAAUGAAAAGCAUUGUUUGCGUAACCGUAUAAUUAAAUAAAAACAUAUUUCAUCGAACUCAAAAAUUGGCUUAUUCAUGUUAUGUUUUAUCACAACAUGGCGUCAAUACUAUUUAUUUAUAGCAUGUCUCUGUUUAGUUUAUAUGUAGGUGCAAUAGAGGUUGCAACACAAUUGCCACCUGAAGUCACUAAAAUACUAAAUGAUACUCGAAGAAUUAUUAAUGGUGAUGAAGUAACAGAAGGGAGGCCAUAUAUGGUGUAUUUGAAAUUGCCAAAAUCAAGCAUAAAACAAUCAAAUUAUCGGACGUGGCUAUGUGGGGGCGUUAUCGUACACGAAGAGUAUAUUUUAACUUCAGCGGCUUGCAUUGAAGAUGCUGAACAUUUUUACGUCGUUUCUGGAACUUAUAAAUACUCUGAUGAAGACGAUAGAUUCAAUAACCCAUGUAUCAAGAACGGUGCGAAGAAAGCAAUUUGGAAAUGUGUUCCCAAAAAUUACGUAUUUGAUGGACACGAGAAUGACAAUAUUAGAUGGAUGAACAAUGAUAUAGCAAUCGUGAAAAUUGAAGAUGGUUUCGAUUUUAGUAGACGUAUAAGGGGUUGUGAUUUUGUACCAAAACCUAUUUGUUACAAUAAUCAGAGUCUAACGCUAGAGAAUCCAGGUACUGUAGUCUCAAUAGCAGGAUGGGGCACAACGUCUAGAUAUAAUGAGUGGGUUAACAGAAGAAAGGAAAAUCAGCAGAAUCUUCUAGAGGCUCACGUGGAGAUCAUUGCCAAGAACAGAUGCAAACGUCGCUGGGGCUCCAGAUAUCACAACAUCAUCGACAACUACAUGAUCUGCAGCAAGGAUAUUGGCCAAACCAUGUCAGAGAUUUGUAAUGAAAAAUACGUGGACUGUCAAGAUAUCAACUACUCAGACGAUGAAGAUAUGAGACGUGAUACGAAAGUUGCCAAAAUUGAGAAAGUUCCAACGAACUUGGUGUUGCAUUCGGCUUACCAUAACGAGACAUAUGCCAAUGGUACUAGGAGAUACGCAUCUCAGGCAGAUGGCGGAUUUUGUGAGAAUGAUCACGGAGGUCCCUUGGUUUAUGGAAACGGAGUAAAUUCCGUCGUUAUUGGUGUAAUAUCUGCCUGUCUUGUUAAAGAGCGGACUAAUAAAUGCUACGGCCCAUUCCUGUACACCAGCGUUUUCAAGAACAGGCAGUUUAUAUCGUGUGCUAUUUACAAGGAUGUUGAACCAAAAUGUAGACGUCAGUUCCGCUCAGGUGUGACUCAUGUUGAGAAAGAACUCUCCUGGAAGGACCACCCCGAUGGCCCUGCAAAGAACGAGCUUGGAGGUGGCGGCAAGACUACACUCCCAGAAAUAGUUCACAGAGCACAUGAUAAUGACGACAAGGUCUUCGCUGGCAGUGGGUUUAUCCUGCGCGCUGAAGACACCACACCUGCUAAUAAGACAUCCGUUACAUAAAUUACAUAUUACGUCAAAUCAA